UGCGCCCAGGCGGGUGCGGGCGCGCGGGCUCAGCAGCUGCGAACGGCUGGCGCACCGCCUGUUUCCACGCCCGGGGACUUCCCCCGGCGGGGCUCAGAAGUGUGGGGUGGGUCGCUUGGCCUCCCUUGGCGUCAGCGACCCAGGGUAACCUCCUCCACUGCCGCCCGCCGUGCAGGCCUGCCUGUGGGAGAGCCACGUGUGCCGCGCUCUGGGCAUGGCCUUGGAAAGUCAGGACCGCCACGGCAGCAGAGCAGAAACCUUACAGAAACAUGAAGCCCUCAACCAUCUGGAACUCAGAAACUUAUUCGGGGCUGACUGUGGCUUCUAGAACAUCCAGGUGUUCUGCAGAUGCGAGAACUCAUCCUGUAGUCACCAGAUGGAGUCCCAGACAGAUGUAAGGCCUGUGCUGUGGCUCUACAGCCCUGAAUACAGAAGGGUCACUUUCUUAGUGGCCAAAGAGCAGUUAUUGACAUUGAUGUCUAAUUAUUGAACACAACCAGACAUUUUACUGAGCUGCAGUGAGGAAACACUGACCAUAGAAGAUCAAGCCAAAUUAGGGAUUGCACAUUUCCUGAUUCUUUUGAAUUAGGAUUCCAGAUGGGGGCCUCGUUUCUGUCGCCCCCAACACUCCUAUAGCCGUUAUCACCGCCAUCACCGCUGCCACCAGCAUCUUCUUGCAUACGCCACCUCUGCUCCCCAGAGACUUCCUGCUUUGAAAGUCAGCAGAAAGGAAGCUGUCAGAAAAGUCUCUAGUGGUGGCUGCCGUCGCUCCAGACAAUCGGAAUCCUGCCUUAACCACCAUGGGCUGGCUUUUUCUAAAGGUUUUGUUGGCGGGAGUGAGUUUCUCAGGAUUUCUUUAUCCUCUUGUGGAUUUUUGCAUCAGUGGGAAAACAAGAGACCGGAAGCCAAACUUUGUGAUUAUUUUGGCCGAUGACAUGGGGUGGGGUGACCUGGGAGCAAACUGGGCAGAAACAAAGGACACUGCCAACCUUGAUAAGAUGGCUUCGGAGGGAAUGAGGUUUGUGGAUUUCCAUGCAGCUGCCUCCACCUGCUCACCCUCCCGGGCUUCCUUGCUCACUGGCCGACUUGGCCUUCGCAAUGGAGUCACGCACAACUUUGCAGUCACCUCUGUGGGAGGCCUUCCGCUCAACGAAACCACCUUGGCAGAGGUGCUGCAGCAGGCGGGUUACAUCACUGGGAUGAUAGGCAAAUGGCAUCUUGGACACCACGGCUCGUAUCACCCCAACUUCCGUGGUUUUGAUUACUACUUUGGAAUCCCAUAUAGCCAUGAUAUGGGCUGUACUGAUACUCCAGGCUACAACCACCCUCCUUGUCCAGCAUGUCCACAGGGUGAUGGACCAUCAAGCAACCUUCAAAGAGACUGUUACACUGACGUGGCCCUCCCUCUCUAUGAAAACCUCAACAUCGUGGAGCAGCCGGUGAACUUGAGCAGCCUUGCCCAGAAGUAUGCGGAGAAAGCAACCCAGUUCAUCCAGCAGGCAAGCACCAGCGGGAGGCCCUUCCUGCUAUAUGUGGCUCUGGCCCACAUGCACGUGCCCUUACCUGUAACUCAGCUACCGGCAGCCCCACGGGGCAGAAGGCUGUAUGGUGCAGGGCUCCGGGAGAUGGACGGUCUGGUUGGCCAGAUCAAGGACAAAGUUGACCACGCAGCGAAGGAGAACACAUUCCUCUGGUUUACAGGGGACAAUGGCCCAUGGGCUGAGAAGUGUGAGCUGGCGGGCAGUGUGGGUGCCUUCACUGGAGUGUGGCAAGCUCGUCGAGGGGGAAGUCCAGCCAAGCAGACGACCUGGGAAGGAGGGCACCGGGUCCCGGCACUGGCUUACUGGCCUGGCAGAGUUCCAGUUAAUGUCACCAGCACUGCCUUGUUAAGUGUGCUGGACAUUUUUCCGACUGUGGUAGCACUGGCCCAGGCCAGCUUACCUCAAGGACGGCGCUUUGAUGGUGUGGACGUCUCCGAGGUGCUCUUUGGCCGGUCACAGCCUGGGCACAGGGUAAGUGGAAGAGGUGCUGUUCCACCCCAACAGCGGGGCAGCUGGAGAGUUUGGAGCCCUGCAGACCGUCCGCCUGGAGCGUUACAAAGCCUUCUACGUUACAGGAUGAAGAGAUGUUUCUCCAAUAUUUACUGUGGAGCCAGAGCAUGUGAUGGGAGCAUUGGGCCUGAGCUGCAGCAUAAGCUUCCUCUGAUUUUCAACCUGGAAGACGAUACCGCAGAAGCUGUGCCUCUAGAAAGAGGUGGUGCGGAGUACCAGGCCGUGCUGCCCAAGGUCAGAGAGGUUCUUGCAGACGUCCUUCAAGACAUUGCCAAUGACAACAUCUCCAGUGCAGAUUACACGCAGGACCCUUCAGUAACUCCCUGCUGCAAUCCCUACCAAAUUGCCUGCCGCUGUCAAGCCCCAUAACAGACGAGGAGGAAUAUCUGGGAAUUAGGAGGGAGAAGAAACAACUGGCUCAUGCCCAGCUUCCUGGCACUGAAUGGGCACACAGGCCUCAGGACAAACUUUCUCACUGGUUCUUCAAUUAAGCACCUCCCCUUUUCCUUUUCAUCCCAAAUCAAUGAUCUGCACAAGGUACCUAUUAUUUUAUACAGGUUCUUUGGCAAGGAACUACCUCCUAGAUGCCAAUAUCCAAAUUACCCCAAUUCUGUAAAUAUAAGAGGUUGCAAGGUUUACUGUGAUUACAAUGAAGAAUCUGAUAAUGUUUUAUAGUAGUCACAGACUUUUACCAAAAUUCGUGAAACGGAACCUAGUAAGUGUCUGGAUGCGGUAAACCCUGACAGAGUAGAGUGGCCACAUUUGUCCCCACAGUGUCUGACCGAGAGUGCUCUGGCUCGUGGAAGACUCAACUUCAGGUAAAUAACCACUGCCUUUUGAGGGUGCAGAAAAACACCCUUUAAGGCCAGUUGGGCCAUGAGAACCCAAAGGUAAAACACCUGGUUUAUAGUUAGGCAGCACGCCAACAGAGGUGUUGACGUUUAUAAUUAGUAUUUUGAAGAACAACUGCUCUCCGCCACUAAGAUAUAAACUUCACUUGCCAGCCACGUCUCUGACAACCUGCCUCUUGAAAGCCACAAAUGUAAAAGCUCACGCUGUGAUCCACGAGCCGAUGUGGGAGAUCACAAACAACAGGCUCCCACAAAGUGCAGGCUCCCGGCCCUGCACUCGGGGCCCCACGGCAGCUUUGUUUUCUAAGCCAAAUGUGCUCGCUAGAGGGUUCCUACGGAUCUGCCGGAGAAAGAAGCCAGACCUGCACUCCAGCCUUUUACAGUUGGAAUCUCAACGGACACAAACCAUGAUCAGGAGACAUUUCCAUAACAAAGCCUAAUGGGCAUUGCUUCAGUGCCCGAGUGGCGGCUCCUCUCUGGUUCUAGGAGUUGAUGCUCCAAGUCUUGGCCCAAACGCUACUUCCGGCCAGGAGCGGUGGCUCACGCCUAUAAUCCCAGCAUUGUAGGAGGGCCGAGGCGGGUGGAUCACUUGAGGUGAGGAG